AUGGACGGCAUCCGCCUGGCGGGCGAUGCAGUGCUGACGGCAGUGGCCGAGGCGGUGGUCGACGUGGCCGACGCAGAGCUGGUCGCCGAGGUUGCUCGCCUGCACGCGGCGCUGGCGGCGUUCCGGGCGGCCAAGGGCUUCGGACGGGCCAUCGCUGCACCGCAGAUCGGCGUCAGCAAGCGGUUUGUGGCGCUGGAUCUGGGAAGUUCCGCAGAGGGGACCGACCUGGCCGACCUGGCUGCCGCCGGCCCGUUCACCAUCUUCAAUCCCGCCAUCGUGUGGCGCUCCGAUGAGACCAUGACACUGUGGGACAACUGCCUCUCCUUCCCGUGGCUCAUGGUCCGGACCCAGCGGGCGGUCUCCAUCUCGGUCACUUUCCAAGAUGCUGAUGGCGUGACGCACACGGCCCAGGCGCUGCCGCCCGCACUCUCCGAGCUGCUGCAGCACGAGCUCGAUCAUCUCGACGGCGUCCUCGCGCUCGACAAGGCUAUCCGGGACGACGGCGUCAUCUCGUUUGUUGCCCGCAACCUGUAUGACGCCGAUCCGGCACGAUACAACACGCUGGUUGAUUAUGCUAUCGAGCCGACGGUGUGA